CCACCCCAGAAUAUAGCCUCUGUCCCGGCCUGCGCUACUGGCAGGCCCAGCCGCGCUACAUUGGCCAAACCGGCCGCGCCUCUAGCAGUUCAAGGUAGAAAGAAUGCUGUAGAGUGGAUAAUGCCAGAUAUUGGAUAAUCUAGGGUCAGUUUUACAUUUCCCCCCCACAUUCUGUGUCUACGGGCACCUUGUCUGGAGCCUCUGUUUCACCCGCCUGUAGGGAAUACAUAGAGUAGGAGGAAUGAGUAGGUUUCUAAUAUGUAUUCCGUAUAACCACAUUUUGUUUAGGUCCGUGCUAUCCGGGAUCCUUGGGAUGUCUCCCCCCCCAUUGAAGUUUACAUUUAAAAUGGUGAAGGUAAGGGUUAGCGUUAGGACCGUUUUGUUUGUCUACGUCACGCAACUCCCACAAUCUGUCAGAUUCAAGAUGGCUGCCGGGGAUAACAGCGGCAGGCCUCCCUGCCUAAAUUUAUCAGGCCCAGGGCCUUUAGGAAAUGGUCAGCCCAGCAACAGUGCUUAUUCAAUGCCUACGUCCAACGGCGGGCCUGCUGGUGCGGCAGGAGGGGCUCAGGGGGCUGCAAGGCGCCCCAACCCGCAGUCGGGGCCUGGCGGAGGUGAAAGCGCCGGUGUUGUUGCUGGAAUUCCACAUAACGCGAAUCAGCAAGCGCUAGUUCAAAGCGCUUCGGCAGGAGAGAUGGCGACCUCCGCUACGAACAUGACAGCGACUGCGGCAUCGAAUGCGUCCGCUGCGAGUAUACCAGCGACCCAUUCCUCGUUAUCGUCAGCACCAGCGGCCGCUGCUGUUUUGGUGUACCGGGAGCCCGUGUACAACUGGCAGGCUACGAAAAGCACCAUAAAGGAACGGUUUGCUUUCCUGUUCGAUAACGAGGUUCUGAGUGACGUUCAUUUUCUGGUGGGGAAAGGUAUGGGAGUGCAGCGAAUACCCGCACACAGAUUCGUUCUUGCUGUGGGCAGCGCAGUCUUCGAUGCCAUGUUCAACGGGGGUAUGGCGACCACCUCAACGGAAAUCGAGCUGCCAGAUGUCGAACCUGCAGCCUUUCUGGCAUUACUGAAGUUCCUGUACUCUGAUGAGGUCCAGAUAGGGCCUGAGACGGUGAUGACCACUCUGUACACGGCUAAGAAGUAUGCAGUGCCAGCCCUGGAGGCCCACUGUGUGGAGUUCCUCAAGAAGAACCUGCGGGCAGACAAUGCCUUCAUGCUGCUCACUCAGGCUCGACUGUUCGAUGAGCCCCAGCUUGCCAGCCUGUGUCUAGAGAACAUCGAUAAGAACACUGGAGAUGCACUCGCCGCUGAAGGCUUCACUGACAUAGAUCUGGAUACAUUGGUGGCUGUGCUGGAGAGGGACACUCUGGGGGUGAGGGAGGUGCGUCUGUUUGUGGCGGCGGUGCGCUGGGCAGAGGCAGAGGCCCACCGGCAGCAGCUACAGCCCACCCCAGAGAACAAACGCAGGGUCCUGGGCAAGGCCCUCGCCCUGAUCCGCUUCCCACUCAUGACUAUCGAAGAGUUUGCUGCAGGGCCGGCCCAGUCUAGUAUCCUGACAGACAGGGAGGUGGUGAGUCUGUUCCUUCACUUCACAGUGAACCCAAAGCCCCACGUAGAGUUCAUCGACCGGCCUCGCUGCUGCCUCCGGGGGAAGGAGUGCAGCAUCACACGCUUCGGACAGGUGGAGAGCCGCUGGGGCUACAGCGGAACCAGUGACCGCAUAAGAUUUUCAGUGAACAGGAGGAUCUUUGUGGUGGGCUUUGGCCUCUACGGCUCCAUACACGGCCCCACAGACUACCAAGUCAACAUCCAGAUCAUUCAUACAGACAGUAACACAGUGCUGGGUCAGAACGACACAGGCUUCAGCUGCGACGGCUCAUCCAACACCUUCAGAGUCAUGUUCAAGGAGCCGGUGGAGAUCCUGCCCAACGUCAACUACACAGCCUGCGCCACACUCAAGGGUCCUGACUCUCACUACGGGACCAAGGGCAUGCGUAAGGUGACCCACGAGUCGUCCUCAACCGGCAUCAAGACCUGCUUCACCUUCUGCUACGCUGCGGGCAACAACAACGGCACCUCUGUAGAGGACGGACAGAUCCCCGAGGUCAUCUUUUACACAUAGUCCCCUCUGACCUGACCUUACCACCUCAGAGGGCUCGGGGAUCACGGGACUGCUGAGAGACUCUGGCCCUGUUUGAAUAUGUAUCAAAUGCCUAUCUUCACCCUGUGGACCUUCCUUGGUGAUGUACAGUAUAUCUGAUCGUAGGUGAUUGGUGGAUUGUUGAAUGUACUGUAGUAUAGUGGAAGCCUUGCUUUCACGCACCCAGACCUGUCAGUGGUGAGGGCACAGAGGUUGGGAGAAGGCAUUUGUCAACUAUUCAAACAUGGUCUUUUUCUUUCUCUCAACUCCCCCUUCCGUUACCCACCGACUGUGGAGAGGAGCCUGUUUGAUGUUGGGGGAGGGGGGGGAGUAAAUUCUGAGUCAGCUUGUUUAACUGUUACUAUGACAAUCAUCUUGUCUGCUGAGGGAGAGAAAGGGAGGACUGGGCCUCCAUACUCUGGCUUCCAGAGUCCUGGGGUUAAGCCCCAGAAUGGACUCGGGGAAGAGUCUUAAACUGGUCAGAACUAUUUGCAUGGGAAAAGGAGGAACGCUUGACAUGUAUUUAAGUACCACCCCCUGUCUGCCUGUAGCCAAAAGCAUACGAAGGAAUGAGAUGUAUCCAGGGGCUCUAAUGUAUGUACAGACUGUUACACUACCAAUCAGAAAGGUUUGUUCAAAUAGGAUCCAUCUCUUAGGUCAGUGCUGAUCAGUGACCCACCAUACUUCACUGGCUCCAUUCCAGUCCCUAUACCUUUCCCCUUGACCUUCAGGGUGCACAAAUAUGAAUGGACUGGAUAAAUGUAGUGGAAGUUCUCUACUCAGCCUAUUGAAGGGCUGGUGGGAGCAAUCACCAGCUUAUACUUUUCCUAUCUCUUCAGAUCUGUACCACAGAAGGGAAUAAGAGACUGGAAUGGAAUUGGGCCUCUUUGUCCAUUCCACACUGGAGUUGUGAUGGAAAUAACCCAGUCUCUCCCAGCUCCAAUGGGGAGUCACAGCACAGGGUCAUGUGACAGUCUGGAGUUACACAAUAGAGACUAGUGGCCAAAAAGCUGUAUUAGCAUGGCUUCCACCAUUUUUAAUGUAGUCAACUGGGUGGGACUUCCAACUUCAUUGGCUGAUCCUUCCUGGUGACCCUGUUGGAGUCAUGUCC